AUGUCAUCGCUCGCCUCAACCCUCCAGGAUCCCUCUCUCCUUGUCGAAAGGCGCCCUUUCAUCAACGGCAAAUGGCCUGCUUUCACCUCCUCUCAAACAUUUCCUGUUUAUAACCCCGCGACAAACACAGUCAUCGGCUCAGCACCAGAAUGCACAGUCGACGACGUCAACAGCGCCAUUUCCGCGGCUUCAGAAGCCUUUCUCUUGUGGCGCGCUCAAUCAGGUCGCCAGCGCGCAAAGAUAAUUCGCAAAAUCGCAGAGCUACUCGCAGAGCACAAAGUUGAUAUCGCAAAGAUCAUCACUGCAGAGAAUGGAAAGGCGAAAGUUGAUGCUGAAGGUGAGGUGAUGUUCUCGGCGGGUUUCUUUGAGUGGUUCGCGGAAGAAGCGCCGAGGCUGUAUGGCGAUGUUGUCCCGCAUUCGCAGCCAAAUUCGAGGAUUCAGGUAAUUAAGCAGCCUGUGGGUGUUUGUGGUUUGAUCACGCCUUGGAAUUUCCCUUUGGCGAUGGCUGCGAGAAAGGUUGCUGCUGCACUUGCGGCUGGGUGUACGGUUGUCCUCAAGACGGAUGGCGUGACGCCUUUCUCGGGGAAUGUUCUUGGUGUUCUUGCUGAGCGCGCUGGUUUGCCAAAGGGUGUUCUCAAUAUCGUCACUGCUCUGGACAACACUCCGAAACUCGGUCUUGCGCUAUGCGAGUCUGACGUCGUCAAGAAGGUCUCCUUCACGGGCUCAACCCGGGUGGGUAAGAUCCUGAUGAAGCAGUCAGCCGACACUCUCAAGAAGCUAUCUCUAGAGCUUGGGGGUAACGCACCUUUCAUCGUGUUUGACGACGCUGAUCUCGAGACCGCGGUAUCCAGCGCCAUCAUUGCCAAGUUCAAGGUCACCGGUCAGACCUGCGUUUGCGCCAACAGGAUAUAUGUCCAGGAAGGCGUCUACGAGGAAUUCUCCAAGCGCCUGAUUGAGGAAGUCGCCAAGUUCAAAGUCGGUAACGGUGCUGACCCUUCAGUGACACAUGGCCCGAUGACGACAAGUGUGGGUAAGGUCGAAGAGCAUGUCAAAGACGCGCUCAAUAAGAAGGCUACUCUUCUUUUCGGUGGCCAGCGAUUACACGACCUCGGAAAGAACUUCUUCCAGCCGACCAUCCUGGGCGAUGUUGACGAUACAAUGGCCGUGACUUUCGAAGAGACGUUCGGGCCACUUGCAGCGUUGACCAAGUUCAAGACAGAAGACGAGGUUAUCGCCAGGGCAAACAAGUCCGAAGUCGGACUGGCUUCUUACAUCAUGACAAAUAACCUUGCGAGAUCACACCGGGUGCAGGAGAAAUUGGAGUUUGGUAUGGUGGCCAUCAACACUGGUGUCAUCUCAGACUGGGCUGCUCCUUUUGGUGGUGUCAAACACUCUGGUAUGGGACGUGAGGGCAGCAAAUAUGGUGUAGAUGAUUACAUGGUUCUCAAGACAAUUGUCACUGGCGGUAUCAAUACCGUGUACAACCCAAGGCUGUGA